GGAGAGUCAGCCCAGAGGUGAGCAGUGAGUUCCUGAGCAGAGCUAGAACCGAGCGGCGUGCGAGUCACAGCCCGAGCUGCGGCAGCCAUGCUGUCCCCGGAGGCAGAACGGGUGCUGCGAUACCUUGUUGAGGUGGAGGAGCUCGCCGAGGAGGUGCUGGCCGACAAGCGGCAGAUUGUGGACCUUGACACCAAGAGGAAUCAGAACCGAGAGGGCCUGAGAGCCCUACAGAAGGAUCUUAGCCUCUCUGAAGAUGUGAUGGUUUGCUUCGGGAGUAUGUUCAUCAAGAUGCCUCAUUCUCAGACCAAGGACAUGAUUGAGAAAGAUCAGGACCACCUGGAUAAAGAAAUAGAAAAACUUCGGAAACAACUUAAAGUGAAAGUCAACCGCCUUUUUGAGGCUCAAGGCAAACCGGAGCUGAAGGGCUUUAACUUGAACCCACUCAAUCAGGAUGAGCUUAGAGCUCUCAAGGUCAUCUUGAAAGGAUGAGACUUCAGUGCCAAGAUGGGGACCCACAGCUACCAUCUCCCCUGCAGUUGCGGAGACCCCAGUACUUUUGGCCUUGAAACCUGCAAGGACAGAUUGGCCCUGCAAGGGCACAGACAUCAGGAGUCUGGUGUGGCUCUUGCACAAAGCUUUUAGCGCUUGACUGCUCUGUGGUAUCAGGGACCCUUCAGCGUGUCCCUGUGUGCUGUUCCUGAUUCCUGGGGCUUGGUGGACACAAGACCUAUUGACAGGGCCUGGCAGCCAACAGUAGGUGUGGGUGUGAGAAUUACUGUAGCAGGCGCUUCUCAACAUUGGCCUGCUGUCUAGAUGGGCACAGGGGAAGGCGCGGGAUGGAGCAGGAGCCUCCGGCUGGCAUUCCUCAGAAGAGAGAGGCGGAGGCUGUUGGGGGCAGUGAGUGGCAGGAGUGGACCAGAGCAAGGGACAGGCUGAUGCAAGAAGCACAGACUGGCUGCCCCAUGUUAUACAGGGUCUGGGGCAGACACCUUGCCCAAUGCCUCCAGGUCUGGUCUUACCUGCUGCUUACUAGCCCAUGACUACUCUUGGGCAGAUGAGCCUUGCUGAAGUGGCCCUGGGAGGCCCAGCGGGUUACUUGCCUGCUGCUCUGUUAGUGUCAUCCCCUGCUUUUGUGGUCUGAGAUCCUGGUGUUUGUACUGUCGGGACAGAACUUUCCUGUGUGCUCUUUAAGGGCUUAAUAAAUUUUAUUUAAAUAAGCAACUUAUAGUCUUUUAUCUGAGGGCAUAACUCUUCUUUUAGAGUACCCCAC